AUGUUAGAGGUAGUAUUGGUAGUAGCAGUAGCAGUAGUAGAAAUAGAAGAAGUUGCAACAGCAGAAGCUGAAGCAGUAGCAAUAGCAGUAGUAAGCAGUAGUAUUAGUAGGUGUCCAUUUCUAACCAGUACAGUUUUUGCUUGUCCUCUUUCUACCACUGCCACUGCUGCUUCUACUGGCGAUAUCGUUGAUGGUGUUGAUAUUGGUAUUGGUGGUGGCAGUGGUGGUCAUUGA